AUGAAACUUUGGACGGCCGUGCUCGUGACGUCGUGGCUGGCGGCAGACGCGUCGAGUCUCAGCGCCGCCAAACGCUACGUCGGCGUCCAGGAUGAGCAGCAGAUUCUCAACAACUUGCUCCGCAACUAUGACAUGCGGGUCCGGCCUCCUGGACCGGCUAAUGCCACCGGUAAGUACUUCUUCUUUUUCUCGAGAACUGGGCGGGUCAAAAGGAUAGAAAAGUCGAAGACGAUGUGAAUCCUUGAAGCUUCAAAAACACAAAAAGUGAGCAAAAAAAUUAGAAGUCAUUGAAAUUUGAAAUUACUCAACCUUCUUUUUUAUAAAGUUUUUUUCAUUGUAUUCCAAAAAUCUUUCGAACUGAGAAACUGACAGGGAAGGUCAUUUUACUUUGCGGUUGGGAAUUUCCUGAAAUUUGGCCAGAACACUCCUUAAUGGACCAUAAAAGGAUUCCGAAAAAUUCAACCUGCACAACCUCCAAGUUUUUGAGAGAGGGCACCUUAUUUCCUGAAAACUAGGCAGUUAUGCAUAUUGAGGCUUUCAGGACCUUAACUCAUCAGGGAAUUUUCUCAGCUCAUAGUGAGACUUCUGAAUGAGACUAGGUUCCCUAGAUUUAGUUUUUAACGCUGAUUCCGAAUCUGUGCUCAAAAUUUGCCUUCAAGGCCUGUGAAAAAAGUUUGGGGCUAUCAAAGUCGAAAAAUUCGAUGUCUAAAAAAUCAUAUCUGGGCUCCAGAACCUUUUUGAAAAAAAUAAAAUGAUUUUUUGUGACAGGGGGACAAGGAGUAUGUGCCCUCCAAAAAGGAGCUCAAUCGAAGACAUCGAAUUGUUUGACUUUGAGAGCACCAAACUUUUUUCACAGGCCUCGAGGGCAACUUUUGAGCACAGAUUCGGAAUCAGCGUUAAAAACUACAUCUAGAAAGUCUAGUCUCAUUCAGAAGUUUCAUUGUGAGCUGAGAACAUUCCCUGGUUAGUACUUCAAAGGAUAUUCUGACAUUUUUCAGAAAAUUCCCAACCGCAUAGUAAAAAGACCUUCCUUGUGAGAAAUGAGAAAGAUGAUUCAUAAUUUGGCUUUUCCAGAUGGAGGAGCCGUAAAAGUCCGCGUGAACAUCAUGAUUCGGAUGCUGUCGAAGAUCGACGUCGUCAACAUGGAGUACAGCAUGCAGAUAACUUUUCGCGAGCAAUGGGUGGACUCCCGUUUGGCCUACGGACACCUGGGCUACCAUGAAGCUCCAAGUUUCCUCACGGUGCCGCACGUCAAGAACAACCUCUGGAUUCCCGAUACGUUUUUUCCGGUUUCUUUCAAUGCUGUCCAGAAAGAAACGUCGAGUGUUUCAGACAGAAAAGGCCGCACACCGACAUCUGAUCGACACGGAGAACAUGUUCUUGCGAAUUUACUCGGACGGCCGUGUUCUCUACAGUAGCCGCAUCAGCAUCACGAGCUCAUGUCCCAUGCAGCUUCAGCUCUAUCCCCUCGACUAUCAAUUCUGCAACUUUGAUCUCGUCAGCUACGCCCAUACGAUGAAGGACAUCAUGUACGAGUGGGACGUCAACACGCCGGUCCAGUUGAAACAGGGCGUCGGCAGCGACUUGCCCAACUUCCAGCUUCAGAACGUCUCGACCAACGACGACUGCACAAGUCACACCAACACAGGUUGGAUGAAAAUAGUCGAAGGAGUCAUGAAAAUGCAAAUCGAAGCUCAAUGAAUCUUUGAAAUUCAGCUUCAAUAAGUGCAAAUUUUAGUACGUUCAAGUGUGAACUACAGCCAUCAAAUUCUGAUUUUUUGAUAACUUUCAAACUUGAUUGUACUAAUGCUCUUUCGUAAUUUUGGGGUUAGUUCAAGGUUAAUUUUUUUUUUUCUGUUUCUUACGUACCGAUUAACACCUUGAGGUCCAUUUCAUUAGAGCACUAAAGAAAUUAGUUAUUUCAGAAACAAGGAAUGCAAUAAAAGAAAAGAAAAACUGAAUUUUUAGGCUUAUCAGUAGAGCGCUUGUGUAAAUGCCUAGUUGGUUGAAAAAAUUUUAUUCAUGCUUCCGAAAAAAAUAAUAAUUUUCUCCGAGUGAUUUCCACGACAAAAUGUUCUGACAUUGGGGAGGGCAUGAGAAUUCACUAAACGGUCUUUUACAGGCUCAUAUGGCUGUCUUCGCAUGCGGUUGGUUCUGAAGAGACAGUUCAGCUACUACCUCGUCCAACUGUACGCGCCGACCACGAUGAUCGUGAUCGUGUCGUGGGUCUCGUUCUGGAUCGACAUGCACUCGACGGCGGGCCGGGUCGCCCUUGGAGUCACCACACUGCUCACCAUGACCACCAUGGUAUUUUCCCGGUAGAACUCUCUCAUAUCUCAUCUUUUGAGCAAUCAGCGAUCAACGCGAAACUGCCACCAGUGAGUUAUGUCAAGGUGGUCGAUGUAUGGCUCGGAGGUUCGUUCCGAUUGAUCUUUUAGUGGAAAAGAGACCAACUUUCAGCAUGCCAGACGUUUGUGUUCGGCGCUUUACUAGAGUACGCCUUCGUCAGCUACCAGGAUAGUUCGCGUCAGAACGAUCGCGCGAGAGAAAAAGCUGCGAGAAGGUUCGUUUUUCCUUGAUGAAAAGGAAGAUGAAAUGCUUCCAGAAAGGUUUUUAUAAAUCAAAAAAAAUUGUUCUGGUUGCUUCAAAUGAGAACUCCCCCUUUUGAAUAGAUAAAGUACUGGGAAAAUUUUUAGUGGCCACUAUAGUAGUCAAAUUAGUGGCCACUUAAGGGGUUAAAAACUAGUGGCCUAAGUGCUACUACUAGACCACUAAAAAUUUCAGUGGCCACUUUAGCGGUCAAUGAAUCAAUAUAACUGCUCCAAUCUGUUUGUUUUACAAAUCACAGUUCCUGGAAGGAGUAUUGGAUGAAAAACUACUGAAGUGGCCACUAAAACGGAAAAUAGUGGCCACUAUAGAGGUGGAUUUUGUGACAGCUUUAAUGCCUCUGUAGUGGCCACAAAAACGUUCCCAGUACCGUUAGAAAUUUACGAAAAAACAAGUAUUUUGAUCAAAGCUAUCUUGUAUGAAGUUUAAUCUUCCUGAAACUUUCUGGAGUCGUGAUGAUUGUUCUUUGUACCCCUCUGAUGGAACUUCAGCCCGCAAAGUUUUCAAAAAGAUUGGAUAAUACAUCUUUCAUAUCUUUUCUGACGGUACUGAAUCUUCAAAACACCGUCCAACUCUGCAACAUCAAUCAUUUUAUUAAUGAUUAUCUACUUCACUAACUUUUACGAAACACCGCCAGAUUACAGGGCACAAAAGCGUCGCGAAAAGUUAGAAAUGGUCGACGUGGAAAUCUAUCAGCCGCCGUGCACCUGUCACAGGGUCUGUCCGUCAUUUUCGGCAUUUUCAAUAAUCUUUCCAUUUUUCAUCCUUUUUUUACAGUACGAGACGCGAGAGACUGUAGCGGACCGCAUCCGCAAAUACUUCACCAAGCCGGAUUACUUGCCGGCCAAGAUUGACUUCUACGCACGGUUCCUUGUUCCCCUGGGUUUCCUCACUUUCAACGUGGUCUACUGGGUGUCUUGUUUCAUUAUGUCUUCGAAGGCAAUGGACUCGAGUUGACAUUUUUUUAAAAUCCUAUUCGUUUUUUUAUAUUGAUGUACAUGGGCUUUGUUGAACUAUUGAAGACAUUUACUUUUAAUUGAGAUUUUAUAAAUCUUUUUCUUCCUCUAACUUUCAAUUUGAUACUUAGAGUGACUCCGAUGGGAACAGUCAAGAAGUCCCGGAAAGGUUAUAAGUAUAAGAAGGACAGCUGGAAAACCGACUUGCAGACGGAGAAGACGCAGUCGCGACACCACCAGAAAUCGACGUGGCCGUCCUUCUGUCUGCCGACGUCGGCCGAGGUGCCGCACUCCUCGCAGCGCACGUUCAUCGCAGCAUCUGUGCUUUGUUCAAAGUUUGCUCCGGCUUUCGAGUGA